ACGCGCCCGACGUCGUCAGCCUCCCUCUGCUCGCGUCGGGAGCCCAUGUUUCCGCCCAGCCUCCCCCAGCCGUGCCCCCGUCGGCGCCCCCGUGCCCUGCCAGCGAGGCCCGAGCGCUGAGAGACGAUGGAGAGCCCCGUGAGAAUCGAGAACCUCCCCUACGAGGUCCUGGAGAGGAUCCUGAGCGCCGUCAGCGUCAGCGCCGAGGACGUGAUCAGCUGCUCCACGACCUGCAAGUACCUGAACGGCGUCUGUCAGAGGAACUCCCUGUGGAAGGUGAAGUUCCGGCAGCACUACGCCCACACCUACUCCUACAGCGAGUCGAGCGCGAAGGAGAAGGUGGACUGGAGGGCGAGGUUCACCGCGACCUACAGGUGCAGGAGGAGGCUGGUCCAGUGCGUCUUCGCCCUGUCCAGGACCUUCGUGUGGUCCAUGUACCACGACUACGAGUGGCCCGACAUCCCGAGGCGAGCCCUGGCCCUGUAUGAGACCCUGUUCCAGGAGGAGCUGGGGGAGGCCAACAUGUUCUACAUCCUGGACGAGUGCCACAACAUCCUCUCGUCUGAUUCCGAGAGCAUGGACCUCACGCUGAAAUAUUACGCGGAGAAGGUUUACAAUCACAUCUACGACAAGUGCGUCAUAAGUACGAGGUGGAGGGACUUCACGCAGCUGCCUGAGGAGCGUCUGAAAUACAGUUACGAGCAGGGGCUGCUGUGGGUCAUAGUGAGCCUGCAGACGAAACCUGCCGUGUGCAACGUGAAGCUGGUCAGCCUGCACCUCGACACCUUAGCGAAAGAGACGUUAGUGUACAUUAAGUCUAGAUACCCGGAGCAUCCCAUUUGUGAAAAGACGCUGAGUAAGCUAGAUUAUUCCAGAGAAACCACGAGUGUGUGGAAGGGGGAACACUGCAGCCAGAUCAUGCAGGCCGUGCAUCAUGUGAUCAGACACAUAACGAACUUCAGAAUAAAUAACAGUUUGUGCGAGAGUGGGCCCGACCAUUACUGCAUUGACAGAGUGUUGGUGAAUAAAAAAGGGAGUUCAAAGUUAAUUUUAGUGAUUGAGUCUUGUGUAGCUAACAGAUUAGGAGUCCACACUGAAGUGCACAAAAGUAGCUCGGGUCAUGUGCUGGAUACGUGGAAGCUUUACUAUAUUGGACAGGAUGGAACUAGUGGCUAUGCAACAGCGUGCGCACUUUGCAGAGAAGAUGCCACUGCACUGAGUAUAGUUCAUGAGGACUGGCAGGAAGGUCAGACCGUCGAUGCCCCGGGCAUGUGCAAGGCAAUAAUCCAGCAGAUUGUUUUCUUGGCAGAGUGCUGGUUAAAAAGUGACAGAUGGCAGGCAGGAGAACCAGCUCUUUAUGACCUUCUCGAUGAAGAAACAUAUCACCAACCAAUCCGUCUGCUGUUCACUGCCUGGCAGCAUGUAGAACACUGGAAAAUGAGUAAGUUAUAUCACUAUAUGCACCAGCACUUAAGAGUAGCAGAAACACGCCAGACAUUGGGCAAACUUCUACACCUCAGUAUCCUGCUGAGAAUAAAUUCAAAAUUGACACUUGAAAAGUUGUUGAAUUUUCGUAGAAGAAUGGGCCAGCCUCCAAACACAAUGAGAGACUUGUUACGCAUGUUAGCCAGUGUUGACAAGAGAGCAAGGACGCGAGUUGCCGAGCUGAAAAAUCUGUUGUCAUCUGGAGCAGGAAAUUACUCAAGUCUUAACCCUUUAGCAAGUGUCCCGUGGCCUCAUGGAUGGCCAGGGGGAGAGAUGGUGCAGAAAAGAAGAGUGGAUCGCAAAAGCUGGCAGGUACAGUUUGCUGUGGGUGAGGUUCUAGAGCAGCGUGGAGGAGACCUGUGUGUCGUGUACGAUUGGGACUCCAUGUGUGUGGAGAGUGAGGAUACCCUAGUGUUGAUGGGAGAGACAGGCUUGGCUCAUGGGACAGACCAGCCUUUCUACAGGGUUCUCACAGAUGGAGGAUCGGCACGGUACCUUGCUCAGGAGAACCUCCGUCAUGCUCGCCAGCCAAGGCACUUAAAGAACCCUCUCAUAGGGCGGUAUUUCACAGCUUUCAUUUACCCUUUUUAUAUUCCCAACCCACAGAAGGCAUACGAGUAUCCAGAAGACCCCAACAUUCGGGAACAAAAUGCAUUGUCCCUGAAGUUGAAAUUUGCUGCCAAUGAGUGAUUUAGGGGAUGCAAUCUCUGUCAGUCUAUUUGUUGAAUUGUUUAACAAAAAAGAUGUUCUUGCUUUCUUUUGCAUUUUCAGUGUCAUAAAUGAUUUCAUGCUAAGGUUGUUCAUUUUAUAUACAUAGCAUCACAAAUCAAAGAAAAUCAUUUUGAAUGUAUUCAUAAUGGAAGGAAUGUCUCAUGGUAAUGUCAUUUUUAUAGACAAGUUCAUUGUAAAACUUUCAUUUCAAGUAAUACAGUCUUCAGAUUAGUUCCUACUUGAUAUAUAAGAGAAAUAUUCUAUUUUAAUUUUUGAACACAAAAGACUAUUUUGUUUGUGUAUUUGCAGUUUGUCAUUAAUAUCUUAAAAGGUAUUUUUACAAAAAAGUCAUAUUGUUAUCACUCAUUCAUAGAUAAUUGUUCUCAUCAUUAUAACCAAGAUUUUUUCAUUAGAAGUUCGGAAGUUGUAUAGCAUUUAUCAGUACAAGAUAUUUUAACGUCAGUGUCAUAGUAUUGUUACAACUUCAUUGUCAGUGAUUUUAUGUAUCAGUACUUUGUUAUUAAUUUUGACACAUUAUGAAGGUUAUCAUCUUAGAAUUUGUUAUGCAAUCCUGUUUGUCUUUCAUUUUAUGCAUAAAGUAUUUCUGGUGCUCUCUAUAAAGACGUUGAUUGUAAAUAUUUAAGUAUGUCAGCACAUUUCUAUCACAAGAAGGAAAACUGUGUUACAAAAUAUUGGAUACCAUUUUGUAUCCAUCAGUUUGACAAGAACAAUCACCAGUCCUUUAUAUAGAAAAGCUGAUCAUGAAUAUAUUAUGUAAUUAAAAUUGCAGCUUAUAUUUUCUACAUAGUCUUUUAUAAGGUAGUUUAUAUAGGUGAGAUAUAUAUAUAUAUAUAUAUAAAAAUAAAUGAGUAACACAUAUGUCUAUACUUUUUACAUGUGCAUAUUUGUCAAUGUGCAUGAAACACAAAACAUUACACAAAUGCUCCUAUAUAUGUUGACAGCAAAAGAAAUAAACUGUCAUAACGAAA